AUGGAAGUCAGAAGCUACGUUCAGAGUCCGGCGAAAGUUGACGCCGUGGAGGAGUCGCAGGUCCAUAUGCACGCGAUGGGAACGACGUCGAUGGCGAUGCUGGCGUUACAUGGGCGAGGCCGGUCGAGAACGAAGUAUGCGUCUGCGUCAUGUUCUCAGCAGCCCUUGGGUCGCCAAGAUACCUUCUUCCACGCGAAGCAUGGGAGACGACGGCGUGUUGACGGCGGGGCCGAUUUAGGUUACUCGACGCGUUCUAUGCGCGCUAUCAUCUUCUCGGAAACCGGAAUCCUCCCUAUCCUACACCGCAGACUCAUUCUCGCUCUGCGCUUCUUCAAGCGCAUGCUCGAACUGCCCGCAGACACCAUUGCCGCCCAUGCCUUUCGCGACGCUCUUGAACUCUAUGGCGCGGGCCGACCCGGCUGGAUAGGUGACCUCGCCACUGGCUUGCGCCGCCUCGAGCCUAUCCCCGUUCAUGUCGACUUCGUGCAUGUACGUUCCGCCGCCCACGUGGAUACCAUCAUCGGGCGUGUUGAGGCAUCCGCCCAUGAUGGUGUGCGCCGCGACCUCACUGCUGCCUCGCGCACGCACCUGCUCCUCAACCGGGUGGAGGUGGACAAGCGCGGCCAGCAGUCUUCGAAGACCAUCCAGUACCGAGCCUAUCUUGACGUCGAGACCCCGCAUCACAGGAAGGCGCUGACCCGCGCCCUCACCGGAGAGCACAGCCUGCUCAGCGUGCGUGGUGGCUGGUCCGACCGCGGGGAAAGCACCAAGCCCGAAUGGCGGCUCUGCCGCUUCUGUGGCAGCGCGGUUGAGGACGCCCCUCAUGCUCUUUUCAGCUGCGCGACGCGGGCCGACCUCUCUCAUCUGCGUCAUGUCUUUUGGUGCGAUAUUGUCGACUUGCGCGCUGACGUGCGCGAAGCGAACGCGGAUGUAAACACUUGGCUACCUGCGCUUUGUGGGAUUCGUAACGCCGUGCCUCGCCUGGCGAAGUAUGUCCACGACGUGCUCGAUCUCUUCUCUCUCCAUCGAGCGUAUGUGCCUCCGAGAGAAGGCUGGGAGAAGAGUAAAGGGAGGACGAAGGAGACCGACAGGGAUUAA